UUUAAAAGCUUGUACUCAAAAAGAGAUUGAGAUGAGCAAUUUCUGUCUAGUCACUCUUUGGAAAGAGCCAAAAAAAAAAUAAAAAUAAGAAGAAAGUGCAGGGAGCUUCUUUUCCUUUCUGGAUUUUCACACUUAACAUCUUCAUCUUCAUUCACUGUGUGUAGAACUAGCUAGCAAAACAUCAUGUUAGAAGGCAAAGCACUGGUUGAAGACACAGACAUGCCAGUAAAGAUGCAGAUCCAAGCCAUGUCAUAUGCUUCUCAAGCUCUUGAUAUUUAUGAUGUUUUAGACUGCAAAUCUAUUGCUGCUCACAUCAAGAAGGAACUUGACAAGAAGUAUGGAGGUGGAUGGCAGUGUGUGGUGGGAUCAAACUUUGGGUGUUUCUUCACUCAUACUAAAGGAACAUUUAUCUAUUUCACCUUGGAGACUCUAAACUUCCUCAUCUUCAAAGGAGCCUCUUCUCCUUGACUAGUCUUUUUUUUUUUUUUUUUGGUUGUUCAAUGUUCAUCAAAGGAAGAAAAAGAGGAGAUGUAAUUACUCUUAGUUAAGUCAUUCCUCUUGUUCAUAAUCCCCUUCCCAUUUUUGACUUCACUUCUUUUCUUCUUUUUUGCUACUUUUGAAAAGCAAGAUCUAGCUACUGUAUGCUUCCAAGAAACUGUAAUUUUUAGUUAUCUAUUCAUGAGUAGAUUAAAUAUA